AUGCCCAAGGAGCGCCAGACAUGCACCGAGUGCUCUAUGCGCCGGCAGAAAUGUGAUCGCAACAUUCCUUGUGUUCGGUGCGUGAAAAGAGGUGACGGGGCAAAAUGUACGCGCGAAUGGCCUCAGGGUGGUUACGACCCCAAGCGCCACCGCAUCUAUCCCAGAACUUCCACCAAGCCCGGCAGCAGCGAGGCAGACUCGGACGCCUCACCUACCUCUGUCGGUCAACGUGUUCCCAGGUCAUCCAGGGACCCUCCACGAAGAAAGCGGGCUUCUGGAAAUGCAGCACCCGCGCCUCAGCCACCACAAGCACCACCACCAGCACCACAAACAUACUCGAUUAAUUCCACUCCAGCCCCUACUACCACGCCAGGAGCCGAUAUAGACAAUGCUGCCACCGUUCUGGAAUUUCUGACAUGGGGUCGCUCGAAGCUAUCUGACUACGACCUCAAAGCUCUUGAACUUCUGAAAGAGCCUCACCAUGCUGACCCGGCCUCGGCCUCCAGAGACACUGGUCCUGACUGGGACGUCUCGGCUGGCCUGGGAGGCACAGGCGCUACUCAGAUUUCUUUCCUUCAAAUGCUGCUUCCAAGUCGUGUGCAAGUCUUCCAACUGGUCGACUACCAUAUCAACUCAAUCUUGUGGUAUCAUGGGUGCUUUCAUGGUCCGACAUUUAACGCAGAGCUCAGAGAGGUCUACAAGGAUCCCGCAGGCUUGCAAGUCAGGGAUAUGGACCUCAGAUGGACUGCCCUGUUAUUCUCCGUGAUGGCUGCCAGCAUAACUUGUGCGAGUGAACAGUUGGCGCUGUCCUGGGGUUUCAAGAAGACCGAGCGUGCUAAGCUCAGCCGACAGUGGUACAAGGCUACGGUGACGUGUCUCAAUCUUGCCGACUAUAUGUGGCGACAUCACAUCUACUCGGUGGAGGCUAUCACUGUCCUGACAUUGUCCGCUCAUGUUCUUGGUUUCAGUAAUACUCAGAGUACACUAUUAGGCGCCGCGCUGAAAAUUGGUCAGGGACUGGGGCUUCAGCGCCUUGGGCCAGACAACGAUUGCGGCAACACGGGCGGACCACUGACCCCGGCCCAACGAGAUAAGGUAAUCAUGCGAGAGACUGGACGCAGGUUAUGGGCGCAGCUCUGCAUCCAGGAUUGGUUUUCGAUCCCAUUUUCGGAGAUGUACUCGGUCCAAGCGAUGCAUUUCACCUCUCUCAAACCAUUGCCCUACGAUGAAGUGACGAUGCAGCCAUUGCCAGAGAAUGUCCCCAGUAUGGUCAGCUUCCCAAACUAUCUUUAUGAGAUAGCAUAUCUGAUGCCUCAGAUACAUGACGCGAUCAUUACCUCCAAUACUUUGUACACCAAAUACGAGCAGGUGCUGGAGUACGAUGCGAAGAUGCGCGCUCUGGCGACAGAUGGAUGCCCUGCAUAUUUUUCCAUGAGAGAAGCAAUCUCUCCGGAGUGGCCGGCCUUUAUCCCUUGGGCUAGACGAAGCUUAACAAUAUGCUUCGCGCACAAGAUCAUCAUGAUUCAUCGUGCUUUCCUUGGCCGCAGCUUUUCCGAACCAGCCUUUCAUUUCACCCGUCGCACCUGCAUGGCGGCGGCGAAGACCAUACUAAAAGAGGCCAGGCAAGCCUACGAUGAAGAAGGACCUAUGCUAUGGAUCGAUCAAGCAUUCAUGGUUGCGGCUGGGAUCACUCUGGCCUUGGACAUUUUCCACCGCAAACAGCAUGAACCCGAGUAUGAUGAACAUAGAAAGCUGGUCGAAAAUACGAUCAGCAUGCUCGGCAAAUUCGACAACAGCAUGAUCGCCUUACGUGGCAUCCGCCUGCUUUCAUCCUUGCUUGCUGAGCAGUCCCGACUCACAGCGGACCAAACACUGGACGCCUACCGAAAGCGCUCACAUGACGCGGGAGAACGUGGACAACCUAAGAGGCAGAAAUUCAACGUUCCUAAGUUUGUCGAAUCUUUUGUCGGAAAUGAUUCGUUCACGCACUCUCUAUGGAAACCCAACCGGGGUGGUGAGCCCUCAUUGGAUCUAAAUGAACCCAGCGACGCACGUACACCGGCGAUGCAAGAACCCAGCUUCACGUCGGACCUAGGCUACGAGACCUUCGAACAACUGUUUCCGCCUCACACUGGUAUUAGCAACAAUUUCCUGUUCGAAGAUCUUCUCAACUUCGACAUCUGA